AUGGGUAAGGUAAGCAGAACAUAUAAUUUUCCACACAAAAAAAAACAUUACAGACCGCCUUUUCAAGUCUAUUGCCAUUCCAUUUCAGAUUUAGUCAUAAGAGUUUUGUCUGAAAUCAUAAUUGUUGUAUGACUCCUGAUUUUAUUUUUGCCUGGUUCCAGAUCUGAUUGUGCUGUAUAACCAACUCCUGUGGCCGUUGUAUGGCAUGACAUUGACAAUGACCAUGACAAUAGGUGUUGGUGAGACAGCACAUUCAGAUCUGGGACUAGGCUAGGAAAAUAGAGGUGUUCUCCUAUCCUUCAUACCAUUCUCAAAUAUAUUUGCAGAGUCAAUUUCAUGUGUUUUACACCCAGAAAGAAGGUUCUAAGCUAGUUUGAUUAAAAUGUAGAGAUGUGCUUCUGCCUGUAUUCCCAUUAACUUUAGAGGCUCUCUGUUCAGAUCAUCUUCUACGAGGGCAGGAAUUUUGAGGGACGCCACUAUGAGUGCAGUGGUGACUGCGCUGACAUGCACUCCCACUUCUCCCGGUGUAACUCCAUCCGGGUGGACAGCGGGUGCUGGGUGGCCUAUGAGAAGCCUAACUAUUCUGGGUACCAGUACAUGCUGACAAGGGGGAAGUACCCUGACCACCAUCGCUGGUCCGGCUUCAACGACUGCAUCCGCUCCUGUCGCAUAAUCCCUGCUGUGAGAACGGCUUUAUCUUGACCGUCAUGACACAACAUAACACAAACAAAUGCUCUUGAAUCUGUUGUGCCUUUGUAAACAUUUAUAACAGCUGGUAUAAGUUUGGCAUGGUUAUAUAGGCAAUUGACUUGUCACAAACCACUAUUUAGGAAUGUUUGUAAAAGGUAAGCCUUGCCAAUAGAAAUUGACCAAAACAACAGUUUUAUUUUGUUAGCCCUCCAUAACAUUGCAGGAGAUAUCUCUCAGGUGGAUGCUGUCAGAUGUCAGAUUCAAGAUUCCCAUAAGCUUACAUCAGCUGUCAUGACUGAUUACAACACCGGUUACUUAAUUAUGACAAUAUUAUGUGUAGCUAGGGAGUUCAUGAAGUUCCCCAAACUUUCCAAGCCUUCAUACUAAGUGUUCAGGCCUAAGUCUGACAUUGAAAACCAGUAUUUCAGUUCUAUAAAGUUAAUCAAUUUUCUCCUUGCGCAGUACAAUGGAAACUACAGGAUGAAGAUCUUUGAGAGAUCAGACUUUGGGGGCAAGAUGAUGGAGCUGAGCGACGACUGCCCCAACCUGCAGGACCGCUUCCACCUGAGAGACAUUUCCUCCUGCAAUGUUAUGGAGGGCUACUGGAUCCUCCACGAGCACCCAAACUACAGGGGCCGUCAGUACUUCCUGCGCCCUGGCGAGUACAACAAGCACAGCGACUGGGGCAGCAUGAGCUCCACCAUCGGCUCGGUGCGUCGCGUCACAGAGCUGAAGCAAAACAACCAAUAA